AUGUUUUUGACAAUCACAAGAAACACAACCAACAACACGUUUUGGUCCAAAGUCCUGCGAACAGUAGUCCACUGGGGAGGUGAAGGAGCUGAUGUCGGUCUGUCAGUGGAUGCAGAUGGUCUGGCUGAAGCUCAGAGUGGAGCUGCACCCACAGCUGAAGGUUAUUUCCUGGAGUUCCAGGAGCGGGUCAACAACAUCACCCACUUCCAGGGCCAGACGGCCACGCUGCACUGCAAGGUGACAGGGAACCCACGGCCGUCCAUCCGCUGGCUGAAAAACGAUGCUCCCGUAGUCCAGGAGCAGGGUCGCAUAACCAUCCGUAAAACAGAGGCGGGAUCCAAGCUCCGGAUCCAGGACCUGGACACGACAGACACUGGCUAUUAUCAGUGUGUCGCCUCCAACUCAUUCAAGGUCAUCUCUGCCACAGGCGUCCUGUACGUCAAAUUAGGACAGAUGCCCACACGCAGCCCAGAUGAACCGUCACUUGAAAAAGGUUUCUGCCAGCCGUACCGAGGCAUUGCCUGCGCUCGCUUCAUUGGCAACCAGAGCAUUUAUGUCGAGUCUCUGCAGAUGCAGGGGGAAAGUGAGAACCGCAUCACAGCUGCCUUCACUAUGAUUGGCACCUCCACCCACCUAUCGGAUCAGUGCUCCAGUUUUGCCAUCCCGUCCUUCUGCUACUACGUCUUCCCUCUGUGUGACGAGGGCACUCGGGCCCCACGGCGGCGCCAGCUCUGUCGAGAUGAGUGCGAGGCCCUGGAGAACGACCUGUGCCACGCCGAGUACAACAUUGCCCGGUCCAAUCCCAUGAUCCUCAUGCAGCUGGAACUCCCCAGCUGCCACCUGCUGCCGCGGCCGGGCACGCCCGAUGCUGCUUCCUGUAUGAGGAUAGGAGUGCCACCAGAGAAACUGGGUCCAUAUUCGCCCACAGACCACAGCUGCUACAACGGAAGUGGGGCUGACUACAGGGGCACAGUCAGCGUCACUAUAUCUGGUCAUCACUGCCAGCCAUGGAGCUCUCAGUACCCUCACAGCCACCACCUGUCCCAAGACUACCCCGAGCUCUGGGGAAGUCACAACUUCUGUCGUAACCCAGGGGGCCAGAUGCAGGCGCCCUGGUGUUUCACACUGGACCCUCAGGUCAGGGUGGACCUGUGUGACAUCCAGCCGUGCCAGCCCCCAAACAGCCCCAGGAAGGAGAUCCUUUUCAUUCUAAUCCCUGCCAUUGCCAUCCCUCUGGUCAUCGCUUGCCUCUUCUUUCUGGUCUGCAUGUGUCGCAAUAAGCAAAAGGACUCGACUGACACACCACCACGCUGCCAGCUAAGCAGCUCACCUAACCAGGACAUGGAGCUGUCUCUCCUCAAUCAGCAAAAACACCAGGCCAAGCUGCGGGAGAUCAACAUGUCUGCAGUGCGGUUUAUGGAGGAGCUUGGUGAUGAUCGGUUUGGCAAGGUUUACAAGGGCCACAUGUAUGGCACCGCACCUGGUGAGCAGACCCAGGUGGUGGCCAUCAAAACAUUAAAGGACAAGGUUGAUGCCCCUCUCUGUGAGGAAUUCCGCCAUGAAGCCAUGCUCCGCGUUCACAUACAACACCAAAAUAUAGUUUGUUUGCUGGGUUCAGUCACCAAAGAGCAGCCAAUGAGCAUGAUAUUCACUUACUCCAGCCUUGGUGACCUCCACGAGUAUCUGGUGAUGCGCUCCCCCAACUCGGAUGUUGGCAGCUCAGAUGACGACAAGACAGUCAAAUCCACACUGGAGCAAGCCGAUUUUCUUCAUAUUAUCACCCAGAUUGCUGCCGGAAUGGAGUACCUUUCCAGCCAGCAAGUAGUCCAUAAAGACCUUGCUGCUCGAAACAUUCUGGUCUUUGACAAACUCAGCAUCAAGAUCCUGGAUCUGGGCCUGUUCAGAGAUGUCUACUCUGCUGAUUACUACAAUCUCAUGGGCACAAGCCCUUUCCCAAUUCGCUGGAUGUCCCCAGAAGCCGUUAUGUAUGGCAAAUUAUCCACCGACUCCGACAUCUGGUCUUAUGGUGUCCUGCUGUGGGAGACUUUCAGUUACGGUCUGCAGCCGUAUUGUGGCUACUCCAACCAGGAUGUAAUCGAGAUGUUGCGCGGUCAUCAGCUACUGUCUUGUCCAGAUGACUGCCCAUCCUGGAUUUACACCCUCAUGCUGGAGUGUUGGAGUGAAUUCCAAGCAAGAAGGCCUCGCUUCAAGGACAUCCACACACGUCUGCGCUCUUGGGAAAGCCUGUCCAACUAUAACAGCUCGGCUCAGACUUCUGGCACCAGCAACACUACCCAGACCAGCUCGCUGAGCACCAGCCCUGUUAGCAACAUCAGCAUGAGCACGACAAAUGCAUCUCGUUACACCAGCCCUAAAAAGAGCUUGCCUUUCCAUCAGCCCCAGUUCAUGCCAAUGAAGGGACAAAUGCAUCGGCCAAUGGUGCCUCAGCAGCUCUACAUCCCUGUCAAUGGAUACCACCCCAUGCCAGCUUACCCAUACCUUCAGAACUUUUACCCCAUGCAAAUACCUAUGCCAAUUGCCCACCAGCAGAUGCACCACCCACCACAAAUGGUUGCCAAAGCUGGUUCUCACCAUAGUGGAAGUGGAUCCACAUCUACAGGCUAUGUCACCACUGCCCCUUCCAACACUUCUGUCCCAGAGCGAGCAGCUUUGCUCAAUGAGGACUCCAAGACCAAUGAUGAAGACUUGGCUGACAGGCCGUCCCAGGAUGGCCUAGACCAAAACAAGGACAUGUUAGUGCCUGAAACAGAAUUGCUAGGUGACAAUGACCCUCCACAGACUGACGAACUGGUGAUACACUUGUCAGACACAUAG